CUUCCGGUCAGUUGUAGUGCGAUAGUGCAGGCUGUAUCUAAUUUGGUUGCAUCCGGUUUGCAAAUAAGUUGUAUUUGUUACGUUAAUAAAAAGUUAAUCGUAUAGGCAUUCCUAAAUGUGUUAAUCUCUUGUUUGUUAUGUUAUUAGCGUUAUGUGUACUGCUGCACUUCUGGAUGUUACAACGGCAACCUUCAAUCAAUAUCGUGCAUGCUUAGUAGUUUCCUGAGAAACAAAAUAACUUGUCAUGUAAAAGCUAAACUUCUACUGUUUUAGUCUUAUACACCAUCUUGUUUGUAAUUUUAAUAAAAACGCGAUGUUUUGUUUUAUUUUCUAUUCUGAGCAAAUACGUUUGCCAGUUCUCGCCGUUUGAUUGGAUAGUAACCAUUACGUGAGAGGAGGAGCCAAUCUGUUGCCUUAUAAAUGAUCUAACUUAAAGCGGUCGUCCUCUUUCCCCCGAUAUCAUAAAGCAAUGUGUUGUAGUAUAACUGGCCGCGAGAUAACACGUGUGCUUACAAUGGGCCACGAUGCAUUAUCAGAUCAGACGAGGAUCUCCGUCUGCUUGGGCUGUUUCGCUUAUCACCAUUAUCAAGCGGAUAUGACAUAGCGUCUGGCAUGAGGUUAACUUCGCCCAACACCUGAAACUUGCCCCAUUAGGUCAUGCCAUCUGUCGUGAUGUCCCAAGUCAGGGCAGCCUGAAAUAGGCCAGAGUGACUACCCUAAACGUGACCAUGGGCUUCAGUGCAGUCCAAGAGGGCAUUCUCCUGACGAAGUAAUCGUUGUAUGUCUCUGCAUUGUGUGAUGAAUGUCAACUGUUACAUUUAAUUGUGAUAAGCUGUCUGCUUACAGCUCUCUGAGCUGGAGUAGAAUAUGUUUGGCUGCCUCUGUGGAUUUUUAAAAAUCUUCCAGUUGAGAUGUAAAGAGCUUGGGAAUUUUGUGAAUAGCUGGAGCUUUCUUCUAUGUGUGCUUCUUGUGCUGUAACACAAUGCUAAUUUUAGCCGUUCAAUGGAUUGCACUUGUGCAUUUCUGAAUGUGAGUGUAGAGUCCACCGACUGGUGGCAGGUAAUCAGAUAGACUUUGUUGCCUGUGACUCUCAGAUUGUGUAACGUGUACGGUAAUAAAAGCACUACUGUUUUGCUGGUGUUGCAUCUUGUGUGAAAUUCCUUUGCCCCAAAUGAAAAUGUACGUAACUUGCCAUAGAUGCUCGUUCCCAAAGACGUCGGCUGAGUUCAAUGUACAAACAUUGCGCCUGCUGGAAUCUCAUUUUGUAACAUAACAGAAUGCAAUAUUCUAGUCCAAACAUCCUGUUUGUACAGUGUUAAUUUCGUAAUUUAUUUAAUAUGACACAAAGGGGUCUUUUUGUAAACGGUGAUUUCCAAGUGACCCUUUCGUUUGGUCGAGCUGUACUACCAAGCGGAAACUGGUAUAAGAUCCCCACCAACCCUUACAAAAGUGCAGUAAGGUGUAAAUAUUCAAGGUAAAUCUGCCUACAAGCGGUAUGUUACGGCGGCAGCCAUCUUUCUGCAGGAGAUGAGGCGCGUCGCGCGCGCUGACGUCACAGCCACGGCGGGAGGGGAAAGGUUUGCGAACUAAAACACGGCGCCGACGGGUUCCGACUGGACCGGCUAUAGCGACCAGGCCGAACUAGUUAGCUGUUAGCUUCCCGUAUGUGGCAGCCAAUCAGCGUCGUCGUCAUAGCGGAAGCGGCUCCGAAGCCGCUAUACGCGGUAAGAGUCAGCCAGGCCCGUAAAGAUUUGACAGUGGAAAUCAUCGUGAGACUUCUUAGAAAUGCUGGUGAUUGGGGGUGAUUCUCUGCAGUAUGAUUGGCCAGUCUGUGACCACACAAUACCCUGACUCAUUGUGAAUUCCGUACCAACUGCUGCCGGAAAUAUGCAUGAUAAGAUGAUGCCUGCUGAGGGGCGCUCUACUCCCUCCGGUCAAGAGGCACAUCGAGGCCAGCCUGAGACUGUCAGUAAGCAAGAGAGGACCAGCGGUCUCAGGAGCAGCGCAGCUGAGCAGUCUGCCCCCGGUCCCUCUGGCGCCCCCCAAAGGCAGGGCUUCUGCGGCUUGUGUCAGGUCAUCUACGACAAUGUGGAACAGCACAUCCUGAGCUCCAGACACAGGGAAGUGGUGAGGGGAAGCCGGGCAUGUGUGCCAACGGGGAGCCUCAUGGAGCGAUUCCUGCAGGACGUCAUCCAGCAUCACCCAGACCACUACAACGACACCACGCCUACGCAUGCUGACCUCCCAUCCCUGAACAGCCAUCUGGUCCCAAGGGAGGAGCUCUCCGACUUGUGCUGUGUGCUGGAGGAUGACGGGGACACAGUUGGCACCCGUGAGGAGAUGCUCAGCACUGAUGACGACUCGCGCCAUUUUAUAUUUGUAGAAGAUACUGGUGGCUUUCGAGAGAAGGGCUCACAUGAGUCCAGGAGUGAUAUUGCUACAGAUACUCUUGUACCUUCACACACAAGUAGGUCGUCAGAUGGAGACAAGAAGAAGUUGGGCCAGAACCGAAAACCCAUCAGCAAACACUCCCCUAUGAAGGACUUUUUACACAGGACUAGUUUUAGGCUUGUCCCUGUCCCACCUACUACAUCCACAGCACCAGUGUGUGCUCAUAGCUCCCAAGUACCAACCGUUAGCCAACCAGUUAACUUACCUGGUCCUCUUCAUCGAAAAGCUCACAGGAAGACAGAUCGACGGAGAAAUAAAAAUGACUCUACUUCAUCCAGUUCGCCAGCUCCCAAGACUAGUAAAUCCAGGCUGGAUCCUCUACAGAAACUAGAGGCCAGGAGGCCAGCUGUGGGGCCUUCAGUACAGCCCAGCUUGCAGGGUAUCUGCAGGGUUCAAGCUCCCCUCAGUGACCAUUCUGAAACAGUAGAUAAUGUGAUAGAAGCGGUGAUUCAGAAGUACUGUUAUGGGUCCAGUGAUAACGAGCAUCAGGGAGAAAAGGACAGCUUCCAUUUAAGUCUAGGCUCAAUCACCAACCCAGAUUUUUCUGAUUCUGGUACUAGUGUGGAAUGGGAUGUCCCUGCUCAGACUGGGUCAGAGGUGGCUAAGCCAGACGUAAAAGAUCUUGGUUAUCUCAUGGAGGUGCAUAUCAAUUUGGAGGAUCAGAAGUACAAAAGUCAGUUAGACAAUGCACUGAACCUUCUGCCUGAAGAAGAGACCAAAAUGGGACCAGGAAGAACGAGAGAGGAGACUGAUGGGGAAGUUCUACCUGCAUUGCCACAUGUACCUCAGUCCUUUGUUGGAAAGACAUGGUCCCAGGUCAUGUAUGAAGAUGACUUGAAGAUUGAGGCCAUGGUACGAGAAUUCAGAGAAGGACGCUUUCGAUGUUACUUUGAAAGCGAGUCCCUUACAAAAUACGGAAAAGGGAGCAAUAAGCAGAAGAGUAAGGAGGGACAUUUGGUAGAGGAUGUGAGGGCAAGUGAGGAUAUUAUUCCCCUCAUGGACCAUCCUGAAGAUGACGCCUUCUGCGACAAGGGAUUCCAAAAGAAGGCAGGCCGCAGGACAUGGAGACUGGCCUCCCGUUGUCAGGUAGUGAAGGUCAGUCACAGCACCCAGACCACCACGCUGUCCGGACCUAUUGUCAAAAGCAGAAUCUUGGAAAAGUCUGCAAUGUCCACAACUGGAUGUGAGAUCCCACAAAACCUUAGCACAGAAAGGACACCUGACAUGAAGACCAGACUAUGUGCAUUAAAAUUGCCAGAGUCAUACAGCAAAAUCAUGAGCCCUUUGCAACCUAAGACAGUGGUAUACGUUCUAUCUUCCCCUGACUCUGGUCCAGGCCCCUUGAAGCCCCUCACCAUCAGGAAAGUUGGCCGGAAACGAAAAUCCUCAGAGAGUGAAACUGCAUUAAAGUACAAGUACAAAAAGACCCCAUUGAAGUACUAUGACCCACUGACCAACAGGAUCCUUAAGACUCCACCCAAGGGAAUGGUUGUAGGGAAACCUAAGCUGCUCCCACAUGUUCGGCAACUAUUCAGGAGCCUCAGCCCAGACAUAAACAAGGAGAAGCAGUCUGUGGAGCAGAAAGAGCCACAGAGCUCUUCGAAAUGUAGGGGCAGCAGCAUGCCAGACUUCUGUGCCUCUACCUCGGGAUCAUGUCUGGAGAGUAUUGGGGCUUCUGAGCUGGGCUCCUCUGUCUCUAGCAGGAGGGCACUCUUCAGCCGCUCCUCUUUAUCAGGCAGUGGUCGUUUUCUGCCCAGGGCCCUCACUCCUACUCCUUCUACUGAUAGCACCGCAAGGGGACUUCCCACUGAGCCUGUCGAGGCCAUUCAAAAUACUCCAAGGAGAGGCCAUAGACGUGAAAGGAAAAGUCCUGGAGUAGUGUGUCUGAAAGAGAAGUCUUUAAAUCCAGCAGAAAGUCCCUCGCCUCCUUACAGACCUAGAAAAGUCUCGACAAGAUUGACGACCAGGAGAGGACAAAUAACAGAACUUCCCAUGAAUCCCUGUGGAGAGGGACAACAGUCCAAGCCAGAUGAACACAGGAAGCAUCCACCCAAGGGUUUCCUGCCGAAAGUAAAGGCCCAGAGUGCCCCCCAGCACAGAGAACCACCACAAAGAGUUGCCAGGAAGAAGCCAGCGAGAACUAAAAGCUCAGUGAGGACCUCCUCUCAAACCCCAGGCAUGCAGAAAAAAAGUACUGGAAUCCUGACUAGAUCCUCCGCCAGGCACCUCUCUGCACCCCUAGGCCAGAAACUGAGAAAGAGAGUAAAGAGAUAGGACCACCCAAGGCUGAUUGUAGCUACUUUCCCCUAUGGGGAAUCACACUACUUACUGCACUAAUGCCAAUGGUACUGUGAAAUUGCUGUCAUUCAGCCCUAUGAAAGCUAUAGAUGGAAAAAAGGGGAAAGGAGUGACCAAAAGAUGCUGACGUCUGUCCUCAUUGAAAAACGGUAAUGUUUUGCACAGGGUAUAGCUGUAGAGUCGAAUAUAAACUAUUAUUUUUUGUUUUUCUACAAUUUAUCAGGUUAUUUUUUAAGUUUAUAAUAAAUAUUUUUCUCUGA